UAGGGGAAAACCUGUUCAUUUUAGAAGUCUUGUAGUUUUUCUACAUUUAAAGAGAAAUCCACAAAAGCAUUUCCCUUGAGUUUUGGAAUAGCAACCCAAAGUAAUUUUGGCUGCUUGAGAGUUGACAUUGUGAAAAAGGCACUUGCCUGUGUGUGAUAAUUGGUUCGUUCAUUCAUUCAACCAUCCACUCACAUUCAGCAAACUGGGAGCCCAGGAGGGAGGGGACAGAGGGUGUGAUGAGAAUGUCACAGAACCUUGACAGUGAGCGCUCCUUUCUCAGGAAGGUGGGAGGAGGGAUGGCAGGACAGGCUGCCCAGGGAGCCAAUAGGUGAGCUUGUAAUGAGUCUUCACAUUUUAAACUGCCAAUCAAUAUACGCAUUAAAACUUGGGACUUGGGGCUCAGGUUUUUACUCCUGUGUAGCAGAAUUAGCCACCUUAUGUUGCUAUUGAUUUAAAAAAAUGUGUGCGUCUCUGAAGAGAGAAGUGAUUUAUUUUGCUUCUCCCCGAAAACCAAGGCAGAUCACGAUUGUGAAGACAGGAAAGUUCUUUGCGCUCUGACUUUCUGAGUAUUGUGCUGGGCAGUCAUUAUUGCUGCCUCCUUAUUCAGUGGCUGUUUUUCCCUUGCAAACAGCAUUUGGGUCAAGGUCAAGUAUGUAGGGAAGUAAAGAGGGGGAAACGAUCCCUCUGUCUAAAGUUUAUAAUCAGGUUGGGGGAGGAGAAAGCCACCUUCCUCCACGACCUCUGCAUGACUGCCCCGCCCCUCAGCACACCGAUGUUCUCACAGGCUCCCCGCAGGGGGCGCCCUUCCUCCCAGACCAGCUUAGAGUUCUGCCUUGUGUACUCUGAGCUGAUGCCUCUCAUGACCAGAUGGUCGUUGUCUGCCACUCGUCUGUUCUAGACGCAAGAUCCCUGAGGACAGGACCUCACUGGCAUGCAGCACACGGCAUCAGCAGAUGCGUAUUGACUGAUGCAGUGACACUGGGGAGCUCUGGGCAGCCCUCACUGCAGUCAGCCACGUACGGCUCAGUGAAAUACCCUAGAGUGAGGCGGGUGGCAUUUAACCUUACCCGGCUCCAUGUCACCUUAUUCCUGGGUCCUUAUACUCAGCUGCUUCGGUGUACAAUUACUGUGCCACUGUUCUGUGAUCCUCUGUUUAGAAGACAGCGAGGCACUGAUGAAGAGCAGAGAGCUAUUCUUCAGUACAAGACAGGAAAAUGAUGUACCUUAAGAGAAUUCAAAGAACUAGAGAAGGCCAGGCAGUGUGCCAGACUGCCCCGGUUCACUUCCACUCUCCGCAGCACGGUUCCAAAAGAGAAGCGCAAAGCCUGUGUGAGACCCGUGGGGAGCAAAACCCAAGUCACAUGCAGUCCCCAAAAGCUUAUCUGUGCAGAAGAGAAAUAUCCGCCUGGUAAAGAGAAAAACACUAUCAACCCAAGUCAGACUGUUUUUGAAAGGCAGUUUCACUCUUUGAAGGUCAGCCCGGAGAGUAAAAGGCAUGAGAAGAAGGGUCUGGCUUUAGGAGGCAGACAGCACAGGCCCCGAUCCUGGACGGUGGGGGAAGGCCAGCAGAGGUGGGGGUCCCAGCCCGCGGAGAGAAGAGUGAUGACAGCAGAGGUCCUGGCGCAGCACCUGGCCGCCCUGCAGCGGGGAGUCAGGUGCAGUCCCCCUGGUGCCGAAGCACACGCUCCCUCACCAGGGCACACGCCCUCCUCACAGCCACUUGGACUUUUUGAGAAGCCAUCUGACUCACAUCCUGCGAGCUCCUCUGUCCAAAUCGGACGAGAACCCUGACACAUCUAAUAAAGGAAAAAUGGCACUGGCCACAGUUCAUCCCACGAGGAAGUCCCACAGACCCAGGAAAGGGCUAUCCUGUAGCUUUGUCAUAGGUAACCCCAGAACUGGUUUUAAGCCUGCCUGACCCAUCAGUGAUAACCUUAUGCUCUGAAAGUCAGCUGGUCAGAGGCCGACUUCCUGACAUCAGCCCACACCCACCUCCAUAACCAGCACAGCCCGCUUCCCCAGGCCCUGUAGAAGAGCAGCACUUUGCUUUGCUCAGUGCAGCUGAGCCUGACCAGCCAGACCGUCCCUAAAUUAAGCAACACACACAGUUGUCUGUGUUCAGAUAUUGGUGUGUCUCUUCCUUUGACACUGUGCCGUAUUUCCUUUAUGUCUGUUUUAGCCAACUCGGUGUCCAGGAUCAAUACCUGGAAUGAUGGAUUUUUUUUCACUUGAAUAUUCUGAAUUAUGUUUUCCAGUUUUUAUUUGCUCGGUGAUUACAUUAUGACAGAAACAAGGGCUAUGGUGGAGGGACACUUGACUCCUUCCUUCCUUCCAGCUCCUAGAGAAGACCUGCUCCCUGAGAAAUCAGGGCUAAAAGACAGAUCUUUUCCCAGUUGUAUUCAUUAACCCAGGGAUCUAGUGUCUAAGACCUUAUUUUUAAUCAAUGUUCAAGGCAGAUUUCACACUUCAAAAUCUAGAGGCCGAGGAAGCAGGUCUGACAACUGUGGAUGUGGCUCUGACAGGAUUGGGGCAGGGGGAAAGGCAGGUGCUUCUGGAGCUGGAGGGGCCGAGGGGCCUGCUGCCAAGGUUUAACUCUGGUGCAUUUUCUUCAUGGCUAAGUCACCCCGAAGUUUCUACUCAACUAGGCAAGCAGAGGGGCUCACAAGGGGACAGUCUAGCUCCCACAGAGAUCAGCCAUUCUAGCCAUCAAAGAAACUGAGCCCCAGAAACAGUAGGUCAAGUGACUGGAGUCACAGAGCAAGCCAAUGGCAGUCAAGUGAGUGCUUCCCCUCCAUAUUCUGUCCUUGGUUUUUCUCCCUGUUGCAGAAAGGAAAUUUGGUUUUGUCAUAAGCAACCCCUGAAGUCACCUUUUAAAAGCCUUUCACAUAGAAAAUAAGUCAGGCUUUGAAGAAGUUACAUUCAUAAACUUAUAUUUUUAUUCUCUUUCUGUACAUAUUGGCAAUGAUAAAGCUUAAAGAUGCAUGUCCUGUGACAUACACAAAAACAAGGACUUUACAUAAAUAAUUUAUACUUCAGAAAAUUAAAGUUGAAAAAUAUUUUCCGUGUCAUUUGAGUUCACAGUAUUUAAAGGAAAUCAAGCUUUCCCCCUUAGAUUUCAGACUACAUAGCCUCAGCAGAGGAUGGUAAAAUCUAACCAGGAAUAAAAUGAUUGAGUUUGUUUUUAUUCAGUGCACAAGCAGACACUAUGUCGGUAUCAGGCUGUUCCCAGGCGGAGGCUGCAGCAUUUCUUCCAGUCCUUCACCUCCUGAGUGGCCGUGACCCAGCAGAGGUCACGUGGCAUGGAAUGGUUAGAGCAUCACCCAAACCACCCACAGUGGACACAUUCAACCAAGUGGUAACGUCUGGUGGUCUGAUGCCUCAUUUCCACGUAAUACUUUUUAUAGCCCUGAAAAUGGAAACCUUGGCAUCUAAACACAGCCGAACAUGUUAACACUAAUACAAGGCACUGUACUAUGGGGUUUGGUUUAUUUAUAGGAAGGAUCAUGUUUGCAUAGAUUGCUAGCGAUUUAGUGUGCAAUAAAAUAGAGGCCUGGCGCGCGCGGCCUUGCAAUGGGUGAAGCCGCCUGACGCUCCUCCAGCUGAGGGGCCGCGCCGGCGGUCUUCUCCAGCCCAGGCCCAGAGGGCAGACCCCUGAGGCCCCUACAGGAGAGUUUUUUGCUCAAAAAGCUGCAGGUCAAAGCGGACCCAGACCUCCCCGGUGGGGACCUCGUGCAGCAGGAGUCGGCGGGUUGUAGGGCCUUUGCUUUCCUGUUCUGUUCGAAUCUUUGCCACUGCAACUUCGGUGCGACCCAGGAAAUCUGGUGAAUAGACACGUGAGAGUCAGAAGUCUGUCUUCUUUAAAAAAAUUGUUAAAAACUACCACAGGGGGAGUAUCUGAAGCAGGAUUCAUAAAACCUUCAAAUCUAAGACAAGUAGCUUCUUCUGGUCAAGGGCUGUUGUACACUGUGAAUGGAUGUGUGCAGAAUGAGGGGUUUGUGUGAGGGAAACUGCCUCUUGGGAAUCCAAGUCUCUUUGGUUGGGGAAUGUCUCACCCCCUCAGGCGGUGCCAGGAGCACAGCGUUUCCAUUAGGGAAGCAGAGGUAACUGGGGUCAGAGACCUGAAACAAAACUGAGGCCACCCAGCCACCCCUUCCUCCUGAGAAGGUGCCCCACCUGCUGCCACUGUGAACUACUGAGGACCAUGGCCUGUGUCACUGCCCUUCAGUGUCAAGGGGCGACAACAAGUCAGAGCACCCUGGCUCCGGACCCUGGAUCCUAGAGUACAGGGGGACCUCCAGACCCCCUCCCCGAGUUAUACUUUACCAUCUGGUGAAAACUGGUCUCUGUCGAACAUGGUGAGACACAGCACAUCCUGAUAAAGAUCCUUAAUAAAGAACUGGCAGUUAAAAUUCCACUUGGGAUUUAGUGUGUCCUGGAGGGUCCUGGUGGUGUAGCUCUGGGAGCCCAUGCUGAUUUCACAGUAUGGAUUGCUCUUUCCUGAACAAAAACAGACCAGCAUGCAUGUGACAACGGGGUCUUCUUGAGCAGAAGCAGGAUCCAAACAGAUGCUUCUCCGUGGACCAGGGCAGCAGGGGCCACUGCUGGAGGGCCCGCCUCUGCCCUGUGGUCUCUGUUCCCAUUGCUGAAGCAUCAUAAACCCCAGGAGUGACCACGCAGGCUGCACCGCCAGGGCGGCUCCCCGGGGGCGUGUGUCAGAGUAGUGUGAUUUGUGCUUUCUCCACUCAGAGCACUGAGGAAGGAGGCACUGGAAGUUACUGGGAAAACAGAGUGAUGAUAAUAUUGGUCUGAUAACCAUUUUAGUGGCACUGGAAGUAUUUGUUUUCCUUUUUUUCGGAGGGGGAGGUAAUUAGGUAAUUAUUUAUUUACUUUUAUAAUAGAGGUACUGGGGACUGAACCCAGGACCUUGUGCACACACUUUACCACUGAGCUGUACCCACCCCCAACUUUUUAAACGUGUCCCAUUAUUCAAUGUUCAGAAGAGUCAUCAGCAAAGCACGAGGUAGCUACCACAUCUGCAGGAUGAAGGAAGCAUUUACCAUUUGGUUUACAGGCUUUCAGUUCCGUAGCUUCAAUGACAUGCACCAUCAGACGCCCAAUGCCUGAAGUCUUUUGAGAGCGAGCUACAAAAGAGGAAGACGAACGACAUUAAUUUCUCCUGAAAAUGCAGAUAGCACAGUGAUGAUGCUAAGCUGCAGAUACUCACAGUCUGUCUUCCAGCCAACCCCAGAACUCCCCAGUCUCACCUGUCACUGAACUGGGCCUGGCAGACAAGCACUUGGCUGCUCUGUGCCUUGGCCUGUGCCUUGGCCGUGUCACCAGCUGGGAUACCCUGCUGCCAUCUGUGUCCGUCAGCAUCCUACACAUCCUUCAAGAUGUAGAUCCAAUCUCACAUCUCAUCUCCCAGACCCCUUCCCUCCUCCGUGCAUCCAUUAUCCUUGCCUUCUGAGCGUCCCACAGCCUGCUGGGUCUGAAGUUCUGUGUCAGUCCAUGUCCUCUGCCAGGAGGGGCCGUGGCAGAGCAGAUUGUUUAUUUAAUAUCCCUGUAUUAACCCCUCAACUUCUGGCAAAUAGUAAUAUUAGUAACAUCAUAAUAUGUCACAGUCAUUCAGCACUUAAAAGCAGCUAACAUUUAUUGGAUACUUACUUUGUGUUAGGCAUGUGCUCCGCCACUACAUAUGUUACAUGACUUAAGGUACCUGUAUAACUGCUAUUCCCGUAUCUGAGAAAGCUGAGUCUUAGAAAGGACUAUGACAUGCUUACGUCACAGAGCUUCUAAAUGGCAGGGCCAGAACUUAAACAUCAGAUACCAAAGCCUAUUUUCUUAACCACUCACCAUAAUUCUAAUUAUAUGUAGACACUUCAGCUUCUAAAGUUUUACUUAAGACAUUAUUCUACUCAAGGAAGUACUCAAAACCACUUUUAAUAUGGAGAGAAGUGAGUCAGUGAACUCAGAUUAUCUUGACAAAUAUAAAGUCAGUCAGGCAGGGGAGGGGUUUAGAAACUAAACAAAAAGCUGCCUGGUGAGCGACUGAUCUUUCAAAACUCAGGGCACGUAGAACCUUCUCUAUGAGAAGUCUCUGCCCCUCCCGGCAUGGCACGUGUAUUCAGCUCCCCCUUGAAGGCAGGGCUGGGCCAUAUUCAUCUUUGUAGGCCCAGGUAAGCCCAGCACCGGGCCUGGCACAGAGUAAGUAAUCAAUAAAUGUCUAAAGAAUUGAACACGUGGAAAAUGCAUAACAAUAUGUACAGAUGUUGAUGUUAAGCAAAACUAAUACAGAAAAACUUUGAUUUAUAUCUUUGACCAAUUAAGAGAUCAUUAUGUGCUUUCUGAGAGGAUUCAAUCAUUGAUUUUUUCAAUAGCAAGCCUUUAAAGCACUAUUAAAAUAAGAUUCAAUUAGCAGAA